AUGCUUAAUUUAACUUCAUUAUUAGAAUUUGAAGAUUCUUUAUCUCAAUUAGAUAACAAUGAAAGUAGUAGAGUUAACUUAUUAUUAAACAAUUUAGAAUGCAAAAUUGAUUUCUUCAAGAAUAACAGUAUAACCAAUAAUAGUAAUAGUACUAAUAAUAAUACUAAUAAUAAUGAUAAUAAUAAUGAUAAUAAUAAUUACACUGAAAAUUAUGAAAUUGAAGAAAUGCUACUUGAAAGGUAUAUUAGAGGUUAUAGUGUUUAUGAUGAUGAAUUUGCCAGCUGUAACAAAUGUGGAACAAAUCUCAAGAGUGUGGAAUGUCAUAUAUCUCGAGAACAUCGCACUGAGUCUGAAAUUUCAAAAGAUUAUACAAAUGAGCCUGAAGCCAAUGACAACAUUAUUAUACGAAAAAAUGGUGAAAUUAAUAAUAAUCAAGAUUUAGAAAGCAUCACUACAAAUGGAUCAAAUGGAUCUUCUCUUAAUGUCAAUCAAUGUUGUCUUGAUUAUAUUGAAUUAAAUAAUCAAAUAAAUUUAAAUGAUUUAGAGAAAACAUAUUGGAAAUUUUUCAUAAAUAAUCCAACUACAACUUUGAAUACACUCCCAAAUUAUACGCAAUUUAUAAUAUUAAAACAAAAUGGAUUACCAAAUGCCAUUCGAUCUUUAAUUUGGUCAAAAUUAUUAUUAUUAUUAAACUACAAUACUUGCAAUUUUGAAAAUAUAUCACAAAUUCAAAUCCCAGAGAGUUUUGAUUUAAUUUAUUCAAAUUUUCAGCAUUCUUAUAACAUUGAAAUAUCAAAUCAAAUAACCAAGGACCUAAAUAGGACAUUUCCAACAAUAUGUUUUUUCAAAAAACAAACUACUAUAUCUGAUUUAUCUACUAUUCUUAACGUAUAUGCAAAUUACGAUUAUAAAUUAGGUUAUUGUCAAGGUUUAUUAUUCCUAGUUGGUGUUUUAUACUAUCAUUUAAAUCAAAAUUGUCAAUUGACAUUUUAUUCAUUAUGUUUAAUAAUGGAAACAGAGCCUGAAUUACAUGAAAUUUUCACAACAAAUAUGAUGUCUUCCACUUUGAAUAAAUGGUACCAAGAGUUUUUAUACAUUUUGAACAUCAUUGAUAUUGAGUUGUUUACUCAUUUGAUUCAAUUUGAUAAUUUGACUGUGUUUUUGUAUCAAUGGUGGUUGUCUUUUUUAAGUUCACAUACUCCAGAUUUAUCUACAAUUAAUAAAAUAUUUGAUUUCUGUUUAAUUCAAGGUUGGAAAGUUGGAUUAUUUAAAAUUUCAUUAGGUUUAUUAAUCAUAAAUAAACCUAUUAUAAUGAGUUUAAAUCAUGAAUUUGAUACUGAGGUACUAUAUCAACAUUUAUUAAAUGAGACAAAAUGGGGCAAUGUAAUUAAUAAGUUGAACUGGUUCUUUGGAGAGUUGUUAUUUUCUUGGAAUGAUGAAUUAUUCAUAUUUGAAAAUAAACAAUUGGAAAAAUUUGCAGACAAAUAUAAAUUAAAUGAAGAUAUCAAUGGUUUGAUUGAUUAUAAAAAGACAAGGUCAUUUGUUGAAACGAUGAAGAAUAUAAAAUUGAAUAAUAAUAAAUUUAGAAAUCAUUCAAAUGUUUCUGUUGGUUCUGAAAAUUUGAAUCCUUCUUGUGUUUCAUUAUUAUCAUUACAUAAUAAUCAAUCAAGACAUAAUAGUUAUAGUUCUGAAGUUGAUUCGAUCUACAGUAUUACUAGUGAAUCAUUUAAUAAGCCACUGAUUAAAGAAUUACAACAAAAAAAUUUGAAAUUGACAAUUGAAAAUGAUUCAUUAAAAAUAUUGUUAAGUAAAUCAUUGAGUUUAUUGAGUAAAGUAGAAACUACACAUGAUAAUACUGAAUUGAUAAAACAGAUAGACCUGUUGAAGAAUGAUAUAUUUGAUUAUAUAGCAUAAUAAUUUCCCCAGAGAUUAUUUUGAAGAAAGAUUCAUUAACGGGGGAUUACUGAAUUGAUACUACUGAUGAUACUACUGAUGAUACUACUGAUGAUACUACUUAAAUAGACGGUUUGUAGAUUGAAAUAUUGAUUAUAUACAUUGGUUGAUCCGGGUAAACAUAGUAUUGAUACACGACUAACUAUUUUUAUUUUUUACUCUCAAAAAAAUUUUGCCUAUAAAACUUGCAACAGUAUUAUACUAUUUGAUCUAUAAUCGACAACUACCAGAUCAAUCAAUUAAGAAUUACUCAUCAAUCGAGUAAUAACAAGUAGAAAAAAACAAGUUAAUAGUGUUAUUGUGUAAAUUGAUUACUGAUUAAUCAUUUACAAAACCCUAAUAGAUUUAUUUAUUAACUAUCCCCCCCAUCAAUUGUCCAUAUAUUCAUACAUCUUUGGCUAUAUAACUCAAUUUCAAUAAUUUUGUUAUAUCACAUUUUGACUUUAUCAAUCAAUUGUGACAAUCAACUGUGAAUUUAAUUAGAUAAUUGUAUAGUGUAUUUAUCAUCAGAAAUCAGCCCAAAGGGCCAACAAGAAAAACAACAAGUUCAAACUCAGCAACAACAACAAGUUCAAACUCAGCAACAACAACAAGCUUUAAAGAAAGAAAAAGAUUCAUAUCAAAUAAAAGACCCAGAAUUAACUAAAGUUUAUAUAAACCAAAUUUCAAUAUUAUUAACAACAACAACUAAAUUAAAUUUUGAAUCAAAUCAUCAACAAAUUCAAUUUAUUUUAUCAAGACAAGUUUCAAACCCAAUUAUUAUAAAUAAUUAUUUUGAAAAAUUAACUACUUUAAUUAAAACUGUUAAUUUUGAAGAUUUAAAUUUAAUUUUACCUAUUGAAUUAUUAUUUAAAAAGGAAUUAGAAACUUUAUCAAAAGAUUUAAAUUAUCUCGAAUUAUUUUUAAAUCAUUUAAGUAAAUUAUUUGAUUCCAAUACUAUAAAUAUCCUUAAUUUUGUUAAGAAAUUUGAUUGUGAUUUAAUAUUAUCAUUUAUUUUAUUAGUUAAAUUUAACAAAUAUUCAGAACCUAGUUUAAUUCAAGACUUUAUUAAAUCAAAUUCAUUAAAUUUAUUAUCCCAGUUAAAAACAAACAAAUUUCCUUCUAAUUAUAAUUGGAAUUUAUUACUCGAUAAUAUUUUAAAUACUCCAUUUUUCCCAUUUAUUCAUAAAUUAUUAACUUUAAGUUCUUUGAAAGCUUUUACAACUUCAAUUGAACCAAUAAACAAAUUUUAUCUACAUAUUUUAAAAAUGUCAUUCAAGGAAUUAUUAAAUGAAAUUGGACCAGAUAAUUUAUUAAAAGAAAAAUUAUUACCUAGUUUAUUACAAAUUAAACCUGAUGAAAUCGAUGCUAGUAUUGCUUUAAUAUUGAGUGAGAUUUUAAUUCCCGGGUCACAAAAUUUAAAUGAAGGUUUAACUAGUGUUGAAAAUUUACCUGAAGCAAAUGCAAAAGGAGCUCAAUUACAAACAUGUUUGAAAUCAAUUGAAUCAAGUGAUAAAUUUAAUUUAAAUUGGUAUGAGAUAUUUAAUUCUGUUUAUCAAAAUUUAUUCGAAUCAAGUCAAAGAAAUAUCCAGCCUACAUCUUCUAGUAUUACCCAAUUUUUAUCAUCAUUAGAUUAUAAACAAGAACCAUUGGAUAUUUUUUUGAAUUAUGACUGGUGGUUUAAUAAAACUUUGUUGUAUAUUUUACAUUCUUUUGAUUCAUCCCAAGGUGCUCAUGAUAUAAAUAAUCUGACCAAUUUAGCUUAUUGUUUUGAAGAAGAUAAAUUAAAUCCACCACAACAAAGAAAUAUAUUAAAAUUCAUUAAUAUUGGUAAGUUGGAAUUACAAGUUAUUAAUAAAAUUAAACAACAACAACAACAACAACAACAACAAUUAUUAACUGAACAAGAAAGAAAAUUAAAUUCAUUUUUAAAUAAAUUAUUUGAACAUGAUUAUAGAGUAUUUCCUGAAUAUAUUCUUGCUGCUGCAUUAUCAUAUGUUGAAAAAACCCAAUUUAUAAAUGAUUUGAUAGAUACUUUAUUUUAUUUAUUAUUAGAUAGUGAUUCACCAGCACUAUUUAAGAUAAUGAAACUGUUAAUGGAAAGUGGUCUUGCUGUUGAUAAAUUAUGUAAUUACUAUACUAUUAGAAAAUCAAUUGAUGUUGCAGUUAAAAUAUUAACUUUGUCAAGUUCAAUAAAUAUAACUCAAGAUAUUUUUGAUAAAUUAUGGACUUCAGAUUUGAAACUUGCAGUUAAAUUAUUAAUAGAAUCUAGUUUCUUUGGAUAUGAUUUUAAAUCUGUAUUAGAUUCAAAAUUAAAAGAUACCAAUAUUAAAAAUUUCAUUUAUCAUUAUUUAUUAGAAUCAUUAGAUGAACGUGCUCAAAAAGAUUAUGAAAAAUCUCAACAACAACAACAACCACAAGUAAUAACUAAAAUUUUAAAUAUCCCAACAGUUUACUAUUUUCUUGAAAAAUUAAAAUCAAAUAAUGGGAUAGUUGAUGCUGAAAAAUUAAAAAAUUUACAACUUUUAUUAUUAACUACUUAUCCAAGAUUAAUUAAUUUUGGUAAUGGUCAUGAUGAAGCAAUUUUGGAAAAUGAAAAAAUUUCAUAUUCAUUCCCUCCAAAUGUUGAAUCUGAAAUGAAGACAUAUUAUUCAAAAAUGUAUAAUAAAGAAGUUGAAAUUAAAGAUAUUGUUGAUAUGUUAAUUAAAAUGAAAUCAAGUGAUGAUCCUCAUCAACAAGAUGUUUUUGCAUGUAUGAUUCAUUCAUUAUUAGAUGAAUAUAAAUUUUUUUCAGAAUAUCCAUUAAGUGCAUUAGCUUCAACUUCAUUAUUAUUUGGUGCAUUAUUAGAAAAAGAUUUAAUUCAAGGUACAACUUUAACCGUUGCAUUAAAUUUCAUUUGGGAAUCAUGUAAUCAACCACAAGAUUCUCAUUUAUUUAAAUUUGCAGUUCAAUCAUUAUACAAUUUUAAAUCUAGAUUGCAUGAAUAUCCAAUAUAUUGUAAACAUUUAUUAGAAUGUAAAUCUUUAUCAGCACAUGCAAAAAUGUAUCAAAUUGUAAAAGAUGCAGCAAAUGGAAUACCAUGUAGUACAACUGCUCAAUCAACAAAUAUUCAAACUCAAAGUCCUACACCAGAAAUUAUUGGUUUAAAAUAUCAAUCUAUAAAUUAUACAGAUAAAACAUUUGGUUUCAUAAAACAAGAAGAUCCAAAUGAAGCAAUAAAGGAUAAAAUAUUAUUUCAUGUUAAUAAUUUAACUAAAGAUAAUUUAAGAAUUAAUGAAAUUCAAGAAUUAUUAAAAGAACAAUAUUUUUCAUGGUUUUCAAAUUAUUUAGUUGGAGAACGUGCUAAAAAUGAACCUAAUAAUCAUGAAUUAUAUGCAUCAUUAGUUAUUGGAUUAAAUAAUUCAAUCUUAAUGGAAUAUAUGUUGAAUAUUUCAUUAAAAGAAGCAAAUAUAUUAAUUCGAAAUAAUAAAGAUGCAAGAAAUGAAAAAAAUCAACUCAAGAAUUUAGGUUCUUGGUUAGGUAAAAUUACAUUAGCUAAUGAUCAACCAUUAAGAAGAGAUUUUAUUGCUUUAAAAUUUUUAUUAGUUGAAUCAUUUAAUUUUAAAUCAUUAAGUUUAAUAAUUCCAUUUGUUUGUAAAAUAUUAGAUCAAGCUCAAUAUUCUAAAGUUUUUAAAUUACCUAACCCUUGGGUUUUGGGGGUUAUUAAAGUUUUGACUGAAUUGUACGAAUUUGCUGAUUUAAAAUUACAAUUAAAAUUUGAAAUUGAAGUUUUAUUAAAUUCAUUUAAUAUGAAAGUCGAAGAUAUUGAUAAAAGUACAUUAAUUAGAACUCAUAAUCCUGAUCCAACUGCUUUGGCAACUAUGUUUGGUAUUCAUCCAACUGUUGUAAAUAUAACUAAUGAAAUUUCAAAAUUGGCAUUAGAUAAACUUGAUAAUAUUCAAGCUCCAAUUCCUCAAGUUUUAGAUAAUAGAAUACCAUUACAAAAUCAAUUACAACAACAACCACAACUACAAAUACAACCAGUACAACCAGUACAACCACAACCACAACCGCAACAAGUUAGAUCUGAACCUGGUUUAGAUACUAGUUUUAGUACAUUAUUAGGUAAUUCAAUAUUCACACAACAUGCAAAUUUAAGAAGAGCUUUUCAAGCUUCAUUAUCUCGUGCAGUCAGAGAAUGUGCGGUACCUAUAUUAAGUAGAGUUUCAGAAGCAGUUAUAACAACAACAGAAUCAUUAAUAGUUAAAGAUUUUGCUACCGAAAAAGAUAUUAUUAAAUUUAGACAUUCUUAUCAAAAAUUAGCUCAACAAUUAUCUAGAAGUAUGGUUUUAUGUAGUGGUAAAAAACUAUUAGCCGAAACUAUAGAAGCUACAAUGUUACAGUUAUUAGGUAAUAAUCCAAAUGAGUUCCCAAUUACUGAAUUAAAUAAUGCAAUUCAAGUCAAUGUGGGAUUAUGUGUUGAUAUUGUUGAUAAAAUUGCAAGUGAGAACAUUGUUGAAUUGAUUGAUAAUAAAAUGCAAAAAUAUAUUCUUGCUAGAGAACAACAUAAUAAUCAAGAACCAUUUAUUGAAGAAGGUGUAAGUGAUUAUUCUUUAAGAUUACCUGAACCAUUGGGAAUAAGUACAAAAGGAUUAAGUGGGGCUCAAUUGAAAAUUUAUGAAAAUUUUGGAGAAUCAAAAAUUGAUAUGGUUUCAUCAAAUGGGCCAGAGCAACAACAACAACAAUUGGCACAAGCACAAGUUCAAAAUCAGGUUGCUCCACAGAUUGCUGUUCCUCCACAAUUACAACAACAACAACAACAACAACAACAAAUACAACAGCAACAACUUGCUCAACAACAACCAUUUCCAGAACAACGUCAAGCUCCAACUCAACAAGGAUUUUUACAAGAAGAUGCCAUUACAUUUGAACAAUUAUUUACUGCAAUUACUCAAAAUUGUGAAAAGGCAUUAUUAUUAUUAAGUGAUGUUAAAGAAACUAAAUUAUCUGAAUUACCAAAUAGUCAUCCAAUCAUGUUAUCAUUAAGUCAAGCUUUGGCAAUUGCACAAGCUAAUGCAAUCAAAUUUCCAGAUUUAUUAUUAAAAGCAGCUCAAUACACUGUUAAUUGUUUAUUUACUCAAACUCAUGAUAAUCCAAUUAGUAAUGAAAUUUAUGUUGUUUUAUUAGAUAAAUUAUGUGAAUAUUCUCCAUCAACUUCAAAAGAUGUUAUAUGGUGGCUUGUACAUUGUUCAGAUCAAAGAAAAUUUAACCUACCUGUAAUUAUAUCAUUAUUAAAAAUUCAAUUAAUUCAACCUGUUAAAUUAGAUUUUUCACUUUCCAAAUUAAUUAAAGAAUCAAAUAAUCCUUUGGUUGUUAAAUUUGCUGCUAAUUUAUUAUUGAAUAUUUUUACAAGUGAAGAUAGUUCAAUCGCAACAAGAUCUGAAUUUGGUAAUACUUUAAAUGCAUUGGCAAAUUAUCAAGAUUUAGAGGUCAGUGAUGAUCCAGAACAUGUAUCUGCAAAAUCAUUAGUUGAAGAACUAUUUAUAUCUUUGAAUAAUUUACCAGCUGCUUCAAAUCAAUUAUUUGCUCAAUUGGGUUAUGUAUAUGCUGAAUGGAUUAAAAUUAUAUCUCAUGGCACUGAAUCUAUUGAAUUACAAGACGCUUAUAUUAAAGGAUUGAUUGAUUGUGGAAUAUUAACAUCUGGUGAUUAUUUUAAACAAUUUUUUAAAGCUGCUAUUGAAAUUUCAAUUGCUUCAUUUCAUGCUGAACAUCAAUUAAGAGUUAGAACUCAACAUGAAGCAUAUUUGGCAGUUGAUGCAUUGGCUCAAUUGAUUGUUAAAAUUGUAUUAUUUAUUGAAUCUGAAGAUCAAGCAUUGAAUUAUUUUAAGAAAAUUAUUUCAAUUAUUUCAUUAAAUUUAAUUAAUGAUCAUGAAAUAUUAAAAUCAAAUUGGAAUGAACGUGGGUAUUUCAGAUUUUUUUCCUCAUUAUUUUCAAUAUGGAAUGAUUUAACAAAUGAAGACGUACCUAAGUUGAAUAAAGAAAUUUAUGUGUAUCUUGGAGAUAUUUUAAACUUCCUUCAACCUAUAGUAUUACCUGGUUUUACAUUUGGUUGGAUUUCAUUAAUUUCAAAUAGAAUGUUUUUACCACCAUUAUUAGAAUUACCAAAUAAGGAAGGUUAUUCAACAAUUGUUAAAUUAUUAACUGCAUUAUUAAAAUUUCAAACAACUUAUCAAUCAAGAGAAAAUUUAAAUGAAGAAGAAGAUGAAGAAGACGAAGAAGAAGACGAAGAUGAAGAAGAAGAAGAAAGAGCAGCAGCAGAAGAAGAAGCCGAUAAUGGAUCACCAGACUUAAUCAAUGUUGUAUUUAAAGCAAUUAAUCGAAUUUUCAUCGGUUUGUUACAUGAUUAUCCUGAGUUUCUUGUUGAAUGUCAUUAUCAGUUAAUUACAAUGCUACCUAGAAAUUAUAUCCAAUUGAGAAAUAUAAUCUUAUCAGCAACUCCUAAAAAUAUAACAGCACCUGAUCCAUUCACACAAGGAUUAAAAGUUGAAAGAUUACCAGAGAUAAAUCUUGCACCAACCAUAUUUUAUAAACCAAUUGAAGAUUUAGCAAAAGUGGGAUUAAAAAAACCGGUUGAAAAUUUUUUAAGAAUCCCUUCAAAUAGUUUAGUUAAAGUUAUUUAUAAUGGGUUUAAAUUAAAUCCAAAUAACUUAAAAGAAGUGAAUGAAUUUGGAUAUACCGAAACUAUCAAUUUCAAUAUUAAAUUAAUUAAUGCAUUAGUUUUAAAUGUUGGUAUAUCGGCAGUUUCAGACAGGACACCUACAAAUCGUGGAUUCAAUACUAAAUCAUCACAAGUUUCAUUAUUGAUUGAUUUAAUGAAUUAUGGAUCAAAUGAAUUCAAAUAUUUUUUAAUUAAUUCAAUUGCCAAUCAAUUAAGAUAUCCAAAUUCACACACUCAUUGGUUUGUUGGGAUAAUUUUAUUAUUUUUUAGUUCAAAUUCAAUUUGGCCAUCACAACAAGAUAAAUUAAUUGUACAAGAGAUAAUUAUAAGAGUGUUAUUGGAAAGAAGAAUUGUAAAUAAACCUCAUCCUUGGGGAUUGACUAUUUUAUUCACUGAAUUGAUUAAAAAUGGAGAUUAUGGAUUUUUUGAAUUAUCAUUUGUUAAGGAUUCAAUUGAAGAAGUUAAAACUAUAUUUGAUACUUUGGCUAUUAAUGUAAAAGGAAGUACGCCAGCUUCUGAAUAG